CAGCGACCGCCCAUUAUGCUAUGUGGACCUGAGGCACAGAAACAACAUCGACCACGUGGUUGGCGUGUUUUUCCGGGUGUGCGCAGUGACGCUGCGCAGACGUCCCUCAAAUGCCUCUCGUUUUGCUUCGUCUCUGCAGUUUCAGCUUCGUGUCCACGCAGCUCUGUUUCAAACAUGUCCCCCAGGGUUGCCGUGGUAACGGGCAGCAACAAGGGCAUCGGCCUGGCCAUCGUGCAGUCUCUCUGUGAGCACUUCCAGGGGGACGUUUACCUCACGGCCAGAGACGCCGCUCGCGGUCAGGCAGCCGUGGAGUCUCUGGCCUCACAGGGACUGAAGCCUCUGUUCCAGCAGCUGGACAUCAACGACCUGAACAGCAUCACCACAGCUGCCGCCUACUUCAAGGACAAGUACGGAGGAGUGGACGUGCUGGUCAACAACGCUGGGAUCGCGUUCAAAGUGGCCGACACGGCUCCGUUCGCGGUCCAGGCCCAGGUGACCCUCGGAACCAACUUCUUCGCCACCAGAGACGUGUUGACUCACUUCCUGCCGAUCAUCAGACCUGGAGGUCGCGUGGUGAACGUCUCCAGCAUCGCCGGAUCGAUGGCUUUGAACCAGUGCAGCCCGACUCUGCAGCAGCGUUUCCGCAGCGAGGACAUCACAGAGGAGGAGCUGGUGGCGCUGAUGCAGCAGUUCGUUGACCUGGCCAAAGCAGGCGAGCACCAGCAGGCGGGAUGGCCUGGUACCGCGUACGGAGUGUCCAAGACCGGGCUCACGACAUUGUCCAUGAUCCUGGCUCGUCGUCUGUCCAAGCAGAGACCCAGUGACGGGAUCCUGCUGAACGCCUGCUGUCCAGGGUGGGUGCGCACGGACAUGGCCGGUCCCAAGGCCCCAAAGUCCCCAGAGGAGGGCGCUGUCACGCCCGUCUACCUGGCCCUGCUGCCGCCCGGAGCCGCGGAGCCGCACGGGAAGUUCGUGUCGGACAAAAAAGUGCAGCCGUGGUGAAGGGAUGUGUGUAACUUUUACAUCUGACACAUCUGGAAACAGCAUUGAUAUAUUAGCAAGAUGAAUCAAGCAGCUAACAGCUGUACUCACGCACAUGGACAGCGUGUGGUUGUGUCAAGCAGGUUCAGUGCAGCUAUAAUUGUGUGUGAUAUCUUAAGGGUGCUGGCUAUUUGUUGUUACAUUUUGCCUCGGAAGAAUAAAGAUUUAUAUUUUGCUUUGCAAAAAUAAAGUUAACUGGGCCACACAAUAAACUGCUUCUCCGACUAAA